UUAACAGGACAUGCAGAAAAAGUGGGGAUCGAGAAUUUUGAGCUUCUGAAGGUCUUAGGAACUGGAGCUUAUGGGAAGGUAUUUCUAGUUCGUAAAAUCAGUGGUCAUGAUACUGGAAAGCUGUAUGCCAUGAAAGUUCUGAAAAAGGCAACAAUAGUUCAGAAGGCCAAAACCACAGAACACACGCGGACAGAACGACAAGUCCUGGAACACAUUAGGCAGUCGCCAUUUUUGGUGACAUUGCACUACGCUUUCCAGACAGAAACCAAACUUCAUCUCAUUUUAGAUUAUAUAAAUGGUGGAGAACUUUUUACUCAUCUUUCUCAAAGAGAGCGUUUCACAGAGCACGAGGUGCAGAUCUAUGUUGGAGAGAUCGUGCUUGCCCUCGAACAUCUCCACAAGUUGGGGAUUAUAUACCGUGACAUUAAGCUUGAAAAUAUUCUACUUGAUUCUAAUGGCCAUGUGGUGCUGACAGAUUUUGGGCUGAGUAAGGAGUUUGUGGCUGAUGAAACUGAAAGAGCAUAUUCCUUUUGUGGAACUAUUGAAUACAUGGCACCAGAUAUCGUUAGAGGGGGAGAUUCAGGACACGACAAGGCAGUUGACUGGUGGAGUUUAGGUGUUCUAACGUAUGAAUUACUAACUGGAGCAUCUCCUUUCACUGUUGAUGGAGAAAAAAAUUCCCAAGCUGAAAUAUCUAGGAGAAUAUUAAAAAGUGAGCCUCCGUAUCCCCAAGAAAUGAGUGCGUUAGCUAAAGACCUAAUUCAGCGGCUUCUGAUGAAAGACCCUAAGAAGAGAUUGGGAUGUGGUCCACGUGAUGCAGAUGAAAUUAAAGAGCAUCUCUUCUUUCAGAAAAUAAAUUGGGAUGAUUUGGCUGCCAAAAAAGUGCCUGCACCAUUUAAGCCUGUGAUUCGAGAUGAGUUAGAUGUGAGUAACUUUGCAGAAGAGUUCACAGAAAUGGACCCCACCUAUUCUCCUGCCGCCCUGCCCCAGAGCUCCGAGAGGCUAUUUCAGGGCUAUUCCUUUGUUGCCCCUUCUAUCCUGUUUAAACGUAAUGCAGCUGUCAUAGACCCUCUUCAGUUCCACAUGGGAGUCGAACGUCCCGGAGUGACAAAUGUCGCCAGGAGUGCCAUGAUGAAGGACUCUCCAUUCUAUCAACACUAUGACUUGGACCUGAAAGAUAAACCCUUGGGAGAAGGAAGUUUCUCAAUUUGUCGGAAGUGCGUACACAAGAAAAGUAACCAAGCAUUUGCAGUCAAAAUAAUUAGCAAAAGAAUGGAAGCCAAUACUCAGAAGGAAAUAACGGCUCUGAAACUGUGUGAAGGACACCCCAAUAUCGUGAAGUUGCAUGAAAUUUUUCAUGACCAGCUUCACACUUUCCUAGUGAUGGAACUUCUGAAUGGGGGAGAGCUGUUCGAACGCAUUAAGAAGAAGAAGCACUUCAGUGAGACGGAAGCCAGCUACAUCAUGCGCAAGCUCGUUUCAGCUGUGAGCCACAUGCACGAUGUCGGGGUGGUGCACAGAGACCUGAAACCCGAGAACUUAUUGUUCACCGAUGAAAACGACAAUUUGGAAAUUAAAGUAAUUGAUUUUGGGUUUGCACGCCUAAAGCCGCCUGACAAUCAGCCUCUCAAGACACCAUGCUUCACCCUUCACUAUGCAGCCCCAGAGCUCCUGAAUCACAACGGCUAUGACGAGUCCUGUGACCUAUGGAGUCUGGGCGUCAUUUUGUAUACAAUGUUGUCAGGGCAGGUUCCGUUCCAGUCUCAUGACAGAAGUUUGACGUGUACCAGUGCAGUGGAAAUCAUGAAGAAAAUUAAAAAGGGAGACUUCUCCUUUGAAGGAGAAGCCUGGAAGAAUGUAUCCCAAGAAGCUAAAGAUUUGAUCCAAGGACUUCUCACAGUUGAUCCAAAUAAAAGACUUAAAAUGUCUGGCUUACGGUACAACGAGUGGCUUCAAGAUGGCAGUCAGCUGUCCUCAAAUCCUCUGAUGACUCCGGAUAUCCUAGGAUCGUCAGGUGCUGCUGUGCACACUUGUGUGAAAGCAACCUUCCACGCCUUUAACAAAUACAAGAGAGAGGGCUUUUGCCUUCAGAAUGUCGACAAGGCCCCCUUGGCCAAGAGAAGGAAGAUGAAGAAGACCAGCACCAGCACGGAGACGCGGAGCAGCUCCAGUGAGAGCUCCCACUCUUCGUCCUCCCAUUCCCACGGUAAAACCACACCUACCAAGACGCUGCAGCCCAGCAACCCAGCCGACAGCAAUACCCCAGAGACCCUCUUCCAGUUCUCAGACUGAGUAGCAAGGAAGGGUAGGAACAGAAUCAAGAAUGCAUUGCACCUUUAUUUCCCCUCAGCGUAUGCUCGGGGCAAGGUUCUGUGCUUUUAAAGAUGUGUCCUGGUGGUCUCAUUGGAAUCUGCCUCUGAGGGCUUUUUGUUUUUGUUUUUGUUUUGUUUUUUUUUUUUUUCAGGAAAGCCUGUUUGGUUAUCCUUGUCCAAAAGCACGGGACAGAGAAUGUUAAACUGUGAAUAGAGCACACGUUCUGCUUUUUAGCGGUCUAGCCUGGUGCCAACAGGACUGUUCUGGAAAGAGCAAAGGUUUCUGUCCAUUUAAUUAGGGACUGAUGGGAUUUCAGCUGCUUACAGGAUAAGUCACAGGUUUUUCAGAUGUCUGCGAUGUGACGAUGCCGUUUGCUUUGCCUUGUGGACAAUGUGGAUUUUUAAGAAGGUCGUACCCUUUGAACAGGGAUUUCUGAGAGAAAAAAGUCUGAUUGCAAGAAAAGACGCUGUAAUGAAUUUUAUGUGUGGCAUAUACUUAUUUCUUGAGAGAGAAUUUUAACUUAUUGUUUUUUUAUGGUUACUUAUGAUGAUAACCUUCUAUUAUUAAUCAUUUUCUAAAGAGUACAAAAAAAAAGAUAGGAGAACUUACGGUCCCAUAUUCGGUAUUUGGGAUCCACCUGAGCUGCAUGCUAAGCUACGUACUUUUUUCACUUUGCACUGCUCUUUCCUGGCCAUUUCUUUUUAAUAGUUAUUGCAAAAUAUUAAGGUACAUGUCUCUGUCCUAAGUAACAUUGCAUUUUAUAAAAGAGUAUGAAGAAAGCAAACUAGUUUAUAAAGUGCACUGUCGAAAGCAUAUGGACUGUAUUUUUGCCGUUUUUUCCAAUCUCUAUUUUAAAUUUGUCCUCACAUCCUGCUUCUGCUGUGUACCUAACAAGUAGAAUAGGGCAUGUCAUAUAAUGUCCUUAGCCACUUGGGCUAAUGUGAGGAAAACCUAAAGGGAAAUUAUCCUAAACACUGUGCUUCAUAUUCAUACACUGUGUUGUGCUACAGAGAGACAUUUCCUCCUGUAGGCAUAGAUUAUGUACAUAAUAUUUUAGAAUCAUACCUAUGACUUGUUUUGAGAUUUUUCUGUUAAAUUUCAAAUUCAGAAAGCAUAUUUUAUAAUCUUAUGCAGAGCACUUUUAUUGCUCCAAAGUUCUGAAUUCACACAGAAAACAAGUGCUAUGUGAUGAACAUAUUUCAUUGAAAGAUUUGCUGCAUUUUAAAAUUCAGUUAAUUCAAUCCCUAUGCAAAAAAAA